AUGUCUCGCGUGGACGUUAAAUUUGCCUAUAUUGCUUCGGAUAAACUGGGAACAAUUUACGCACCGCUAGCGACUGCCGUUGCAACCAAUGAGUACCUCCCAAAUUUGACACUCCGAUAUAAGUGGGAUCAAAAAAAGAAAUGAAGAUAUGACAAUUUUUCAAGAGUCGGUGAUUUGGUACACGUUAUUGCUCAACCGCAAAAUAGUAAAAAUGGCUGCGGAUGGCUCGCUUGCAAGGUAAGACUGUGUGAAAAAAAAAUAUAUAUAUAGUCGAACUUUAAAGGGGUUUUAGCCUGAUUUUGAAAAGGUCUCGAGGAAUAGAUCCGUUUUCCUUGUUAUUUUAGGCUGUAUUAAAAUUAUGAUAAACAAAACAGAAAAUAUUUUUGCAAAAUCGUUAGUUAUUCAAAACGAAAAACACGAUAAUUUCGAAAUCGCUGAAAUUACUUUGAACACGGGAUAAAAGCCAAAGUAGCCUGAGUAAUAGACGUUCAACAUGUUGUUUGCAUUUCUCAGUUUUUUUCAAGUUCCUAAAAAUCUGUUUCAAAAAAGUAUUAUCUUCGUCAGGUACGGCAUGUAAAAUCGGAAGUCAGUGCUUCUUCGCCAGAGCCGAGUCCUACGAAAACUAAAAAUGAAGCGAUCCCAGUAACUUCAUCAUCUUCUUCUUCCUCUGUAUGCAAAGAAGAACGGGCAGAAUUAAAAAUCGUCACCGACGAUGAGUACCAUGUAAAAUAUUUUUUCGCGAUUCAUAGUUGAUUUCUGAAUUCAGCUGGCUUCGGUUCACUACUUAUCCGAAACACUGGCGUAUGCUAUGCACGAAAGUCUUGGCGCGAUUUUCGUCCCAGGCUGUGCUUUUGGAGAUACUGCCGUAAAACGGCUUAACGCUUAUUUGAAUGUAGGUAAGUUUCUAGCUAAAAUAAAGUGCAGCUCAAUAUUUACUUCUUGCUUGCUAGCCACUAUUAAGCAUAAAAUAAAAAAGAAAUUUUCCAGGAGAUCAAUUACUGUUACAAGUUGAAAGUCAAAACGAGGUGAACGGGUGUAGAUGGAGGGCCGUCCACGCGGUUCCUUACACGGCUCACGAUAGCCAUCUUUCAGGUAGAUACUAAGUUAUGAAUAUCCAUUUACUUGUUUUGAAAUUUGAAAAAAAAAACCACUUUGAAUUGAACUAGAUAGUAAAGCAGCGCGCGCAAAAAAAAGAUCAUGAAAACUCUUCUUCUUCUGACGCCUUUGUACCGUUUGAGCGGCGUCGACGCCCCAAGUCGGUUAGCCGAGGUCCUAUCCUGAUAUCACUGGACUGGCUCUAGUGACAUCCGUCAUUUUGAACCCCUCAGUUUAGACAUUCAAAAUUUUCUCAAUAAAUACCAAUCAUUCUUACAAUAAUGAAAAAUUUUUCAGGUUACGGGCGAAUAAUGGAAUUGAGCGAAUACUCGUGUCUAGUUUUCUCAGCCGCUGUAGAAGACAACGUUUAGUGAGUUUUUUUUCAAAAUGGUUUUGUUAACAUAAAUUUCAGUUGUAAUAUUCUCACUUAUACGGGUGGAGACGACGGUAAAAACGCUGAGAAACUUACCGACGUUUUAUCUUCAGGUAUUAAGAAAAAUAGUUACCUAUAGACGAAAGUUCAGGCGAUGUGAUAAUUUUCACGGCCGAGUUUCGUGACAACUGUUUCCGGGCUAAUGACUGGUAUCCCAUUAAGAAGAAUCGACCAAAGGCUCAAAAUAAAAACGCUGUUGUUAAGCCGUCUGUCGAUUCCUUCACACAAACUAUUGAAAAUUUAGAGGUUGGGGAGUUCCAUCUUGAAAAGAUUACAAUACUAUCGAUUUCCAGGUGUUAGUCCUUCGGACCUUCGAGUCAAAACUACCCGAUUUGCUCAAGGAUAAGCCAACCUUACUCGAAGAGAUACAACUUCUAUUAUUAAACGAAAAAAUUAAAACCGAGGCGAUUCUUCCCUACAGAUAA